AUGUUUAAAAAUGUGAAUUUUAAAUAUAGUUAUGUGAACCAGGGACAAUAUUUAGAUUUAAAAGAUUUUUUUAAUAAUAUACGUCUUUUAACUAUAUUAUAUUAUAAUCAUAGUUUUUUGAUCACAUUCUAUGAAAGUUUAUUUAAAUUUAUACUUGGUGAUGAAAGAACUAAAUUUAUAGAAGUUAAUAAUUUUUUGGAAGAAACAGACAAACUUAAAUUUUUACGGAGAGUGUUAAUACAAGGAGGUAAAAUAACACAAACAGAAUAUUUUAAAAAAAGUCACAUAUCUUUAGACAAAAAAAAUUUUAAUUUAAUAGAUUUAUUUUUAAUUCAAUCAAUUGUUAUGUUUCUUAAGAAUAAUAAUAAUAGUUUAUGUAUUAAAAAUGAUGUUUUAAUAAUUAAUAAGCAUAUUGAGUUUUUUAAUAGUGUAUUGAUGAUAAUAGAUAUGUAUAAAACGACAUUAGAAAUAAUUGAAUUAUAUAGAUAUAAAUUAUAUAAACAGAAAGAAUUUGAAACUAUAAAAUCUUACCACAAACAAUUAAUUGAUAAUUUUAAGAAUCUAAUUUUAAGGGAUAUAUAUUAUUUAGAAAUUUCUAUAAUAAAAGAGCCGUUCAUUAAUUUAAUCAAUAUCUCAUCUGCCUCGAUAACUGAAUUAAACCAAUUUGAAUUUAUAAAAAAAUACAAUUCUGAAAAUUUAGAAGAUGUUGAAAGAGUUUUUUCAGAUAUUCUUAAUAACUUAAAAGUUUGCAAAUACCCUAAUUUUAGUAUUAGAAUUUUUGAUAAUUCAAAAUUAAAAAAACUCUUAUCAUAUUAUCAGUGUAUUUUAGCUAUUUGUAACAAUAUUGUGUUUAAAUGUAAUUUUUUUCCAAAUUAUUGUAAGAAACUUAAAAAACAUUUAUGUGAUAUAUUAGAAGAAACAAAACAGGAAAUUAAUAAUUGUAUUUUAAGUUUGGAAUAA